AUUUAAAAGAGGCCAGGGUGGGCGGAGGGAGGUUGUGGGGAGAUCGCAGCACCCAGCGCCCAGCGCAGCGCGCAGCACCAAGGCAGACGGCAGGAGCUCCCACCGACGGGCGCAGCUGGAGUGAGCCGAGCAGGGAGGCGUGCUCAGAGCAGAGAACCGAACCGCGCGGCAUCCCCCGGCCGCCGCACGCGCAGGCCAGCUCCCUUCUCGCGUCCCUGCUCCCUACCGCGCCCCUCCGACCAGCAUGAGGCUCCUUGCGGCCGCGCUGCUCCUGCUGCUCCUGGCGCUGUGCGCCUCGCGCGUGGACGGGUCCAAGUGUAAGUGUUCCCGGAAGGGGCCCAAGAUCCGCUACAGCGACGUGAAGAAGCUGGAAAUGAAGCCAAAGUACCCACACUGCGAGGAGAAGAUGGUUAUCAUCACCACCAAGAGUAUGUCCCGGUACCGGGGCCAGGAGCACUGUCUGCAUCCUAAGCUGCAGAGCACCAAACGCUUCAUCAAAUGGUACAAUGCCUGGAACGAGAAGCGCAGAGUCUACGAAGAGUAGGGGACCAAUCUCGGGAAGAAAACACCAGGCCAGUUGAGAGACUUCAGCAGAGGACUUCGCAGAUUUAAAUAAAAGCCCUUUCUUUCUCACAAGCAUACGACAAAUUAUAUAUUGCUAUGAAGCUCUU